CCAACGGUUAUGUCCGAGCUACUUCCAUACCUAACGCAUGAAUGUCGAAGACUAUUUAUCUUCAACAAACGAUCACCACGACUGCAGAACCUGUUCGAUAGCAUCACUAUUCCUGCGCAAAGUAUUCAAUUGGCCAUGCCAUCGCGUACACCAUCUUGUUCAAGCACGGCUUCGACAGACAGCAAUAUGUCGGAGCAAAGUCCAAAAGACGUACCUCCACAAAACGAGGGUCUGGCAGACCCGGAGAAGGCGCAAAACCAUGCUGAUGGACAGACUUCUGGUAAGGACGAGUACUUGGUCGAAUUCGACCCUGAGGAUUCCGACAACCCUAAACACUGGACACAAAAGCGCAGGUGGGCCAUCACCAGCUGCAUGGGUUUGCUGGUGUUCAGCGUCACCUUUGCUAGUUCCAUAUUCAGCGUCAACAUAGGCGUGGUGGAAGAGCUGUUCGACACAUCCAAAGUGACGGCAACACUGGGCGUUGCGCUUUUUGUAUUGGGUUUUGUCUUUGGCCCGAUCGCGUUCGGUCCAAUGAGUGAGGUUCUCGGCCGUCGCAUACCACUCUUCGCUGGCUACACUCUUUUCGCCAUUUUCCAGAUCCCUGUAGCCGUGGCACAAAACAUCGCUACCAUUUGCGUUGGUCGGUUCUUAAGCGGCUUCUUUGCUGCAGCACCCUUGUCAGUGACCGGCGGCGCCCUCGCUGAUCUGUGGGAUCCCAUUCCUCGAUCCUACGCAAUCUGCAUCUUCGCCGCAGGUGGGUUUGCAGGCCCCGUGGCUGGGCCCAUAGCAGGAGGUUACAUAACUCAGUCUAGCCUGGGAUGGCGAUGGACAUCUUGGAUCACUCUGAUCAUGGCGGCCUUCUUUGGCGUAGUGAGCUGGUUUAUCAUCCCUGAAACAUCAGCCGCAAGGAUCUUGCAAUUACGGGCGGCGAAGCUGCGCAAAACCACCGGAGAUGAGAAACAUCAUUCCAAAGCUGAUGCGGAAAAGAUUACUAUGGACAGAGUUGUGAGUGUGUAUCUGGUCAGGCCAUUCAAGAUGGUGGUACAGGAACCCAUUCUCGCGCUCAUGACCGCGUACAUGUCGUUUCUGUAUGGAAUAGUCUACCUGCUGUUCGAAGCUUUUCCUGUUUCAUUUCACGAAGAGCGAGGCUGGAGCUUAGGGAAUUCGCAGCUUCCUUUCACCGCCUUCAUCGUUGGCAUCAUCUUAGGCGCCGCAAUCAUGUCAUACUCAGCCCGUACAAACUUCACACGCGCAUAUAACAAGCACGGCCAUGCGAUUCCUGAAGAACGUCUUCCGCCUAUGAUCUUGGGCGCAGCUGCGUUGCCCAUCGGUCUGUUCUGGUUCGGCUGGACCUCGAACCCUGCUAUAACAUGGGUGCCUUCAGUCAUUGCCACUGUCUUCAUUGGCCUCGGCUGCAUGGUACCGUUUUGGCAGGGAAUGGCAUACCUGAUUGACUGCUACGGCUUCUAUUCCAACUCGGCAAUUGCUGUGAACACUUUCAUACGCAGCUUCUUUGGAGCUUUCUUUCCGCUAUUUACACAUGGCAUGUAUGUCAACCUUGGCGUUCCAUGGGCAAGCAGUUUGCUAGGAUUUAUCUGCGUGGCUUUCCUUCCAGUGCCAGUCUGCUUCUACAUAUAUGGGGCUAGGAUUCGACAGCGAAGCAAGUGGGUACCCACUGAUUAGAGCUUUCCAGGGUUUUCACGGGAUCUUUCAAUCUUAAACUUGACAUUGUAAUACAUAGAAUAUCAACUCCUCUAGAAACAUUUCACUAUGAAGGUUUUGCGUCUAUCACUGCCAUUUCGCAUUGUGAUUUAUUGAUGUUCGAGUACUGCGAUCGACAGAUGUGGCACAACAUUGCAUCGUGACUUUUACUGUUCACCCGACCGAAUAUCUUAAUCCGCAUCU